AUGGCCCCCUCGGCAAUCUCCACCAGCCCUCCUACAUCUUCCAACAUCCCCUCCAGCCUGGCUAGCUACCGCGGCUAUGACCAUGUGCACUGGUAUGUCGGCAACGCCAAGCAGGCCGCCUCCUACUACAUCACGCGGAUGGGAUUCGAGCGUGUAGCAUACCGCGGCCUUGAGACCGGCAGCCGCAGUAUCUGCUCGCACGUCAUCCGCAACGGCGACAUCACCUUCGUGCUGACCUCGCCGCUGCGCUCGCUGGACCAGAUCGACCGCUUCUCGCCUGAGGAGCAGGAACAGCUGCGCCAGAUCCACCACCACCUCGAGCAGCAUGGCGACGGUGUGAAGGACGUUGCGUUUGAAGUCGACUCUGUCGAUGCAGUGUUCGAUGCCGCCGUGCGCAACGGCGCAAAGGUCGUCGCGGAGCCGCGCUCUGUGGAAGACGCUAAUGGUGUUGUCCGCAUGGCGACUAUCCAGACCUACGGACAGACGACGCAUACGUUGCUGGAGCGCAGCUCUUAUCGUGGGAUCUUCCUGCCCGGCUAUCGGGCUGAGACCGGCGCGCAGGACCCCGUCUCCAAGCUGUUGCCUGGUGUGCAUCUGAACCGGAUCGAUCAUUGCGUUGGAAACCAGGACUGGGAUGAGAUGGAUAAGGUUUGCGAAUACUAUGAGAAAGCCCUCGGAUUCCACCGUUUCUGGUCUGUCGAUGACAAGCAGAUCUGCACGGAAUUCUCCGCUCUCAAGAGUAUCGUCAUGGCCUCUCCAAACGAGGUCGUCAAAAUGCCCAUCAACGAACCCGCCAAGGGCAAGAAGCAGUCUCAGAUCGAGGAGUACGUAGACUUCUACAAUGGCGCCGGCGUCCAGCACAUUGCCCUCCUCACCAACGACAUCAUCCGCGACAUCACCAACCUCAAGGCCCGUGGGGUCGAAUUUAUCAAGGUCCCUGAUACCUACUACGAGGAUAUUAAGGUCCGGCUCAAGCGCGCCGGCCUGACGCUCCACGAAGACUUUGAGACGAUUCGCAGCUUGGACAUCUUGAUUGAUUUCGACGAGAGUGGAUAUCUGCUGCAGCUGUUCACAAAGCACCUGAUGGACCGGCCCACGGUUUUCAUCGAGAUCAUCCAGAGACACAACUUCUCUGGGUUCGGGGCCGGUAACUUCAAGUCGCUAUUCGAAGCGAUCGAGCGGGAACAGGAGCUGCGCGGUAACCUUGUCUAA